AUGGCUAGAUUCAAUGAGGAGGCGUUGAGUAUUGACAAGUUCGAUCAACGGAUCGCAAUGGUGGCUCUCCAGAAUGGCUUGAGGGUUGGACCAUUCGCUCAGUCUUUGGCUAAGACUCCACCUCAUACUUUCACAGAAGCUCUUACACGGGCUAACAAGUACAUCAAUGCUGAAGAGGUGAAGAAGGUGAAAAGGGCUGAACAGCCUGAUAAGAAAGAAAGAGAAAAGGAAAAGAAAAGGUCAAUGAUGGAACAGAAGACAGACUAUCGCCCCUCUCGAACCCAGGAUCGCCUGGGCUUUGGGGGUGCCCAUGGCAGUUCGGUAAGUUAUACUCCCAUCAACGCCAGUCGAGCAGAGAUUUUACUGGCAUUAGAGGAUAAGGAUUAUCUGCGGUGUCUUCCACCGCUAAGGUCUCCACCCAACACUCAAAACAAAAGGAAGUAUUGUCGUUUCCAUCGCGACCAUGGUCAUGUUACAGAGGACUGCAUCCAGUUAAAAGAAGAGAUUCGGGAGCUUAUCAACCGGGGUUACCUCCGAGAUUUCGUUGGCCAAGAAGGUAUGAGUUCGGGUAGAGUUGAGUCCAAGUCGGAUAAUAGGAGAAGGUCUCCUACUCGGGAUCGCUUCCAAGAGUGA